AUGCGAAUGAGCAGAAACCUCCAGGACGGCGGGCCAGGCCGACAAGGCCUAGGCGGUGGCUACGGACAACCCCCGCCAGCAAGCUAUAGGACCAGAAACCUCCAGGAUGGCGGACCAGGCCGACAAGGCUAUGGCAAUGGCUACAGACAACCCUCGCCCCCAGACUAUAGAACCAGAAACCUUCAGGACGGUGGACCAGGCAGACAAGGCCUAGGCAACCACAGACAGCCCCCGCCCCCAGGCUACAGAACUAGAAACCUCCAUGCCGAAUACAACGGCCCUACUCCAGCACAACGCAGAGAGGCCGAGCAAAGGCGCCGAAUGGAAGAACAAGAGCAACGUCGCUAUGAGGAAGAGAUGCGUCAACAGCGGAUGAGGGAAGAACUAGAGCGAAGAGAGGAAGAAAUGAGACGUAGAGAAGAGGCAAUGUAUCGUGGAGGGCCGCAGGGUCGAGGUGGGUAUCCGGGUAGAGGAAGUAGAGGAGGCCUGGGGCCCAGAUUCUGA